AUGUCACAUCGAGUUACGCCAUUUUUGUUGGGGAGCAGUCGUGUUCCGAAAAGCAGUGUUAGGUCCAGUGCAUGUACAUCUUACGUUGCCUGGCAAACGGAACACUUGCUUGUCCAGCACCUUCAGAAAAUGUCGUCAGAAAACCUCGACACGGACACACAAGUGGACUACGAGGAGGAAAAACAGGACUCUCAGGAGAAGAAUGCAAACCCAGUGAAGGCAGAGGAGGCUAAGCUAAAGGCCAAGUACCCCGGCCUGGGCCAGAAGCCUGGGGGCUCCGACUUCCUGAUGAAGAGACUACAGAAAGGGCAAAAGUACUUUGACUCAGGAGAUUACAACAUGGCCAAGGCCAAGAUGAAGAACAAACAGCUCCCUGUUGCUUUCCCUGAUUUGAAAUGA